UUCAAAAGUUGCUUCGUCACUUUAUUUGAACUGACUGAUUCGCACAACUCGCCUCAUUUGACUGACAUUUGGCUUAUUAUUCUCAUCCAGUAUGAAUGAGAAUAAAUCUGGCGCGGAAUCAUAUAAAUGUCUUGAUCGGCGUGACUGUGAGCAGAUCAGGGUGUUUUCUCGGAGCUCGUGGGAGAAGCACGAGCAGCAGCGCGAGAGAAGCGCGACCACGUACGCGGCGGAACAUCCACAUAAAACAAUGGACGAGCCCACAGCCGCGCGCGCGCGCCCUUGCUCGCCCACGCGGAGACACAGACCUCAUCCCACACGGUCCCUGCACGUGAUCAGUGAACCUCCACAUAAAACACACGCUACAGUAGGUGAAUGCUAUCAGGUAAACAGCUAUAUACACCAGGCCUUGUGUUCACGUGCACUGCCAGAGUGUGUACCAGCUGUCAAUCACUGGCUGAGAAGAGCAACACAACAGGAUGUGCAGCUCUUUGAGAGGAUGUUGAAGAAUAUCUGAUAAGAGAUUAAAUGUUUUUGAUUGAUGUCAAAUCAGUCUGAGAAUAAAGUUUCACUCACUGAACUCUGUCUUUACUGGAGUUCAUGAGUUCAUGAGAUGGGGAUUGUGUGUGUGUGUGUUCAUGUUUAUAUUACAUUGUGGGGACCAAAUGUUCCCAACAACGAUAGUGAGCGUGUGUGUGUGUGUGUGUGUGUGUGUGUGUGUGUGUGAGAGAGAGAGAGAGAGAGAGAGAGAGAGAGAGAGUAUGUAUGUAUGUGUGUGUGUGUGUGUGUGUGUGUGUGUGUGUGUCUGGAGGAGGAUGUGGUAGUUCCUGGAUCAGCAGCUGUUGCACAUCCUGGACCAAAGAGAGAGAGAGAGAGAGAGAGAUAAAAGAAAUCAGGAUGAAAGGCAGAAUUAGAAAAGAAAAAAACUCGAAGUUGUGGGAAGUAAGAGAGAAGAAGAGAAAGAAGAGAAACUUUAGUGUCAGUUGUUUGUUUCGCACAGAGCUGCAGGACAGAAGCUUCUUCAGUGUAAGUAUGUAUUUCAUUUAUAUCAUUGAUCACCUGAAUACAUCAUAUGAAUAUUGUUGAUGUAAAUGUAUAUUUUAUAUUUCUUUGAUAUUUUUGUCAGACAUUAAAUCUAAACAUGUAAAAUUAUAUAUAAUGUGAUUAUUGAAAAAGAAGGCACUGAUGUAUUUAGUCAGUUCUUAUACUUUUGUGAACAUUUGUGGAAGAGUAAAGAUAUAUAAUACAUGUAUAAAUGUAUAUUUUUUCAAAUAUUUGUGAUGAAUUGACUAAAUGGCUUCUUUUUCGAUCUUUUAUCAAACUUUUCCAUUAAUUUCUGCAAGUACUUUAAGUGUUUGAUUUUAGAAUAUUCUGACAUAUAAAUUAUAUAUAAAAUGAAAAUAAUGAAAUUAAAUACAUUUAAAAAUAAAAAUAAUAGCUAAAUAAAAAUGCUGAGGGAAUUCAUGAAGUCAUAUUCAUUUGGCAGACGCAUUUAUCCAAAGCAACUUAAAAUGAAAUAGUUUUCGAAACAAAUUCUUAUUUUUUUAAUAUGAACAGGAAUACAUACAAUGUAAAUGUGUAGAUAGUAAUAUGAUGUAACAGAAACACUAUGGCAGUCAGACACUGACUAGUCAUAAUGAUGAUGUGUUUGAUACUUCCUGUAACUACCAGAAAACACAUGAUGAUGAUGAAGAUGAAGAUGAUGAAGGCAGUGUUGGCUGGAUGUGUGAUUAUCUGUGUGUUUCCGGGCCGUGGCGUGUGUUUCUCUCGUGGAGCGAGUGUCUCGUCAUGUGUGAACAUGAAGCCCGGACACAUCAGCUCCUUUCCACAACACACUCGCACACACUCCUCCGUCACCAUCCGCAGCAGCCGAUCAGUGUACCUGCCACAACACACACUCACAGUGACGGUUCAGAGCUCCCGGGCGUUUAUGGGGUUUCUGCUUCAGGCUCGCUCUGUUCUGGAGGACCGGGUCGUCGGCGGGGAGUUCACGCUCCACCCUCCCAGCACACACACACUGUCCUGCCUCAGCACGGACGACACCGUCACACACUCGGACAAAAUGCUCAAGAGGAAUCUGUCCUUCAGCUGGAGGGCCCCGACACAACCCAGCGGAGACCUGCGCUUUUACAUCACACUGGUUCAGUCUUAUUUUGUGUACUGGUCUCGAAUCAGAUCAGCAGUGGUGCAUGAUGGGACACGUAGUUCACAAAUCACAGACAGUGUUACAGGACAACCGACAGUGAAUACAACAGCCUCAAUACUGGAACAAACAGGCAAACACACAUCCCUCCCCACAUACACAACCACAUCUACACACACUAACACUCAUGCACCAUAUAACACAAACACUAACACUCUCUCAACAUUUAGCUCACACACUACAACUUCUUUUAACACACAAUCAAUAAACAACACUCAAACAUCUCUGUCCUCGUAUAGACACACAUCUACACAAACUUUCCCAAGUAUGUCUUCAUCUCAGAGCAUCUACAGCUCUACAAACGCUAAAACAGACACAAACACACACACAACAACUGCUACCAGCACACACACUGUCCCAAGUCUAUUGCUACAGACCCACAGCACAGAUACACACAUAUCUAUGCAACAAACACACACAUAUACGCCUUCAGUACACACUCGCAACACACAGAUCUUCACAGCAUCCCUCCAUCCUGAAGCUCUCCGUCGAGCCCUCUCAGACUUUUUCCCGUCACGUGAGCCGACAGAGGCCGAUGUUUCUCUGACCCAGCGCAAGAAAGACCCUUCUAAUCUGUUUGGAGAUGUUGUCAAACCACCCAAACAUGCUAAAGACCCAUCUGGAGUUCCGGAGAGAGGGGGCGAGAGGCCGGAGCGUGUGCCCGGGCAGAGCGCGUCCGAGCUGGGCCUGCUGCUGGGCCUGUCGGCCUCGCUGGGAAUGGCUGUCGCCGUGGGUCUCCGGUAUCUGCAGAGGAAACACUGCCGCAAACGCACCGCCGUGUCGCUUAACGACUGUAACCAUGAAGACAGAGGCAUCAUCCACGUGCAGGAGUGUGGAGACCUAGUGCAGGUGCGCAAAAUACGGCAAAACAGCUUCCUGGUGCUGCAAGCCGAGUACAACCUCAUAACACCGACCGGAAACUGAACAGGCAUCUUAUUCUCACGAAGGCAGCAUUUCUUUGAUCAAAAGAAACUAAAAAAAAAAAAAAAAAACAGUAAUAUUGUGAAAUAUUACAAUUUAAAAUAAUUAGGGAUGUAACGAUUCACUCAACUCACGAUACGAUACGAUACGAUACUUGUUUCACUAUACGAUGUUCUCACUAUUUUUUUUUUUUUUUUUUAACAAAAUGAGAUUUAAAGGAACACUCAACUUUUUUUGAAAAUAGCCUAAUUUUCCAACUCCCCUAGAGCUAAACAGUUGAGUUUUUGAAUCCAUUCAGCCGAUCUCCAGGUCUGUCGGUACCACUUUUAGCAUAGCUUAGCAUAGUUCAUUGAAUCUGAUUAGACCAUUAGCAUCUCGCUCAAAAAUGACCAAAGAGUUGAUUUUUUUCCUAUUUAAAACUUGACUCUUCUGUAGUUACAUCGUGUACUAAGACCGACGGAAAAUGAAAAGUUGUGAUUUUCUAGGCCGAUAUGGCUAGGAACUAUACUCUCAUUCCGGCGUAAUAAUCAAGGAACUUUGCUGCCGUACCAUGGCUGCAGCAGGCGCAAUGAUAUUACGCAGCGCCUUUGAUCCCCUGCUUGCACAGGGAGCGUGCCUUGCAACCAUGGAGACAAUUGUGAGAGACGCUGUGUAAUAUCAUUGCGCCUGCUGCAC